CUGCUCGUGUACUCGUGGUUCAGACGUGGUGAGAGCUGCCCGAAAGGGUGCACAUGUACGUUGAUGUACCAACACACAUACUGCGGCGACCAGGGCUUGAAGGAGAUACCGGUCGGAAUAUCAGACAAGACGAAGAUACUGAUUCUGAACAGGAACAACUUGACUCGGCUCAACCCUAAUGCACUCCCAGAUCUACCGAAUUUGAAUACGUUGGAUCUGACGGACAAUUCCUUGAGAGAGAUUCAAGAUGGUGCCUUUAAUGGUGUUUCUAACUUGGAGACGUUGGAGCUCUAUCAUAACAGACUGACCGCCGUCCCGUCCUCUGCUUUCAAGCCACUGAAAAAUCUGCAGGAAUUGGGGCUAGGCGCCAACCCGAUCGUCUGUCUUGAUUCCUACGCGUUCUCAUAUCUUUCGUCUCUUCGGAUGUUGGAACUCAAAGAUCUGAAGGCUCUCAGGGGGGUUUCGAAGAAUGCUUUUUAUGGAUUAACCGGUCUUGUGUAUCUGAGCAUGGUGUCAUCAAAUCUGAGAACCGUGCCUUACCUGCAACACUUGACGGGCCUUGAAGAAUUGGACCUGUCGCGAAAUUCAAUUACAGUUCUGACCGCUGAGAAUUUUGAAAGCCUUCCGAAGUUAAAGAGAUUAUUGCUUACAUCCAAUCAAUUAACAAGCAUCGAACAAGACUCAUUUGAUGACCUGAAAGCGCUUACCGAUGUCAAUUUGUCAUACAACAAUCUGACAAGACUGCCGUACGGUCUCUUUGGUAAGAUUACAUCACUGCAGGAAUUUGAUUUGAGAGGUAAUCUGUGGAAUUGCAGCUGCGAGGUGAUGUGGCUUGUCCAGUGGAUGCGCGGGAACAUGCGGAGUGAUACAAGAGAACUGUGCGGUAAAUGCGCCAACCCGGAUUCCGAGAAGGGAAAGUUCCUGUGCGACAUCGUUCCGGAAGAAAUCAACUGCUCCGUGCCUCGGAUCGCUAAACCGGUGGACACGGUGAACGUGUCCGUCGGGGACAGCGCUGCUCUGAAAUGCAAGGCCGGCCAGGAAACUGCCAUCAGUUGGAUAACUCCCAACGGAACCACGAUUCGCCACGGGUCCUUCCGGGUCAAGGUCAAAGUGUACAACGACGGAACCAACACGCUGAACAUCACCAGAGUUACCCUGACUGACGCGGGAGUCUACCGAUGCGUGGCAAAAAACACGGUAGGCAGCGACAGCUAUGCCACGAUAUUAAACGUCACUGGCAGCGUCCUACCGACCUACAUAGCAACGGAAGUCCCGGUGUUAGAGGAACCUGCUCAAACCGAAGACACGUUCGACGCUUCCAUCUGUGUCGUGCAACAGGACAACCGAUCUUUAACGAGCUCCGCGCCACAGUCGAAGACAAAUACGACUUUUCCGCCUACUGUCGACACCAGAAUAAGACCAAAAGGACCUACCAUUAGACUAGACCCCCCAGAUAACCCCAUAACAUUCGCACCUGAGCCUAGUGACGAUAACUCCUCAGAUAAUAGCAAUAACCCAAAAGUAAUAGACCACAAAACGUACGUUAUUGCCUCUAUUGGCGGCGUGGUUGGACUAGGGUUCAUCAUUUGGAUUAUCUGCCUCAUAGUUGCCAAGUGUCCAAGAAAAAGAAGUCGGGACCACAAGCCGAAACCGCACCAGAGCAUGUUCGCCAAAAGGACUGGCAAGAAAAGGAAGAAGAAGAAGGUUUCGUUCCAGACCUCGGAGAGUAGGAUGUCUUGUUUGAGACAGCCGGAGAAGGACGAGGUCAUCACUGAGAUUCCAGAAGUCUUCAGCGUGUCGAGUAACUGCAACGGCAUCGUUCCUGGAAUCGCUCCGUACGAAAACAUGACCCUAAACCCGGCUUCUGAGACAAUCGUAUAA